AAAGCUCAGUCAAAUGAAUUAUAACCUGUUUUAUUCAAUUUUGUAUUGCUCUACAUUUUAUACAUGUGAUUUUCGUUGUUUUUUUUUAAUGUUUUUAAAAAGUUUGAGUUUCAGAAAAACAAGUUACAAGAAAAACGUGUGUCCUCAACUGCAUAAUUACCUUCCUGCAUUCCUGAAAUGCAAAUUUACAAGGACGAGCCACUUGUAAGUCUCCUCCUACAUACACUAAUGAGGGGGACCAGGUUCUGCUCUCCUUCUUAAAUAUCAGCUGUAAAACGGUUGGAGAAGUUGUGUCCUGACAGGAUAUUGACCAAAACCUUAAAGAAACUGAAUAAGUUCCAAUAUUAUAACCAGCAAUGGCAGAUGAAAGCUUUAAGAAGGUGUUCCUGGACACCCACAACGCCUACAGGAAAAUGCACCAUGCACCGCCGCUAACCCUCAACAGCGAAAUGUCGGCAAAAGCCCAAAAAUGGGCUGAUAAAAUGCUUGAAAAAAAAAGCCUAACGCACAGUGAAACUAAUGAUGGAGAGAAUGUCUAUUACAUGUCAAGCUCUCAAGAUAUGAAACUAACAGGCAAAGAAGCUGUGGAUUCAUGGUACGGUGAGAUCAAGGAUUACAAAUUCAGCCAGCCUGGAUUUCAAAGCAACACUGGACAUUUUACUCAGGUUGUGUGGAAAGACAGCAAAGAACUGGGUGUGGGCAUGGCCACCGAUGGAAAGUAUUUCUUUGUUGUUGGGCAGUAUCGCCCAGCGGGCAACUUCACCAAUGAGGGCGCCUUUGAGAACAAUGUCCUUCCCAAAGAUUAAAGGCUGUACCGUGACAGCAAGAGGACAGACAGCAGCAGACGAAAACCGAGAUAAUGGAUGGAAAGUCAGCCCCGAGGAGAGAAGAGAAACCCGUGUGCUGCUUGGAUGACAAAGACUUUGACACGUGUGAAACAGAAAUAAUAAACAUUGUGUUACAAAA